AUCGGUGGGCGCGCAGGCGCACUGGCAGUCGGGCGUUGCUUCCGGUCGGUGCGAGUGAGGAGCGAAGUGGUCGGAGCUGGCGACAGCGCGAGACAGAGGAAGAAAGAGAGAGAAAAAGGAAGAGAAAAAGGGCCCAAACUCGAAAGAUGUUUCCGCGGAGGGUUGUACGAGCGAGCAAGUUUCGGCACGUCUUUGGACAGGCUGUGAAAAAUGACCAAUGCUACGAUGAUAUCAGAGUUUCCAAAGUUACCUGGGACAGUUCGCUCUGUGCUGUAAAUCCCAAGUUUGUGGCGAUAAUUAUAGACGCGAGUGGUGGAGGAGCAUUCAUUGUACUUCCUUUGCAGAAGAUGGGCCGGAUUGAUAAGGCAUAUCCAACGGUUUGUGGGCACACGGGACCAGUGCUGGACAUUGAGUGGUGCCCGCACAAUGACCAUGUCAUCGCCAGUGGGUCAGAGGAUUGUGCCAUUAUGCUAUGGCAGAUCCCGGAAAAUGGACUGACCGUUCCCAUCACUGAUCCAGUUGUCACCUUGGAGGGACACUCCAAGAAAGUUGGGAUUGUAUCCUGGCAUCCAACAGCGCGCAAUGUUCUCCUCAGUGCAGGGGCGGAUAACACCAUCUUCAUCUGGAAUGUGGGAACAGCUGAAGCCAUGAUAACACUCGAGAUGCACCCCGACCUAAUCUACAGCACAUCCUGGAGUCAUAAUGGCAGCCUAAUCUGCACUACCUGCAAGGACAAGAAUCUAAGGGUGAUUGACCCACGGAAAGAAGAUGUUAUUACUGAGAUCAAAGCUCAUGAAGGGUCCCGGCCCGUGAGGGCAGUGUUCGUGGCGAACGAUAACAUCUUGACCACUGGCUUCAGUCGUAUGAGUGAGCGGCAGCUCGCGCUGUGGAACACAGAAAAUGGCACUUGCAUUGCGCAGCAUGAACUGGACUCCAGCAAUGGGGUGCUUAUACCGUUCUAUGAUGCAGAUACAAACGUUGUUUACGUGAGCGGAAAGGGUGACUGCACCAUUCGCUACUUUGAGAUCACUGAUGAAGCGCCGUUUGUCCACUAUCUGAAUGCAUUCAGCAGCAAGGAGCCACAGCGAGGGAUGGGAUACAUGCCAAAAAGGGGCGUUGAUGUUACCAAAUGUGAGAUUGCCAGGUUUUUCAAGCUUCACGAAAGAAAAUGUGAGCCAAUCAUCAUGACUGUGCCAAGAAAGUCUGACCUUUACCAGGAUGACUUGUAUCCGGAUACAGCUGGACCAGAACCGGCAUUGGAAGCAGAGGAAUGGUUUGAAGGGAAAAAUAAAGACCCCAUUCUCAUCUCCAUGAAGGAUGGCUAUGUCCCUGUCAAAAACCGAGAGUUUAAACCUCAAAGAACCUGCUUAGACAAACGACAAAAGAAAAAUGAAAGUGGCGAUACCCCACUGAAAGGAACUUCUCUGAAUGCAAAUUCCGAAUCCAAGUUGGACGAGCUGGUGCAGGAGAUUAAAACUCUGAAGGCCACCGUUGCCAGCCAAGACGAGCGCAUUGCCAACCUUGAGGACCAGAUGGCCAAGAUCGCUAUCUGAAGCCUGUAUUAUGCUUAAUUAUGGGGGUACAACUGUCUGGUGUGGAUUAUCAGAUUCUCCAAAAACCAAACUCUAACCCCCGUUACCCUGCCAUUGAUUGAAGCACCUUCAGCUUUCCAAUAUCCAAUCGCCCUUUCUUUCCUCCACUCUCACUGGACUAACUUUGUUGCAAUUUGGAAACAGUACAUUUUUUUAAAAUAGAAUUUAUUUUCUGGAUUUUUAAUGCCAAGAGGAAAAUAUUCUUUUUUUUUUUUUUCUCUACACUUUCUCCACAUCAAAAAAAAAAGUAUUAAUUUUUUUUAUUCCUUACUUGAGUCCUAUGCAUAUUAUCAAAGGUGUGCUCUGCUCUAAUUCUAGAGUGAUUUCCAGGUUAAAUGGGCUUGUCUGUCACUUGUCUGUCAGGUACAUGUUUUUAAGUGACUACACACACAUUCCAUGUACAAGUGUACUGCACCAUUGAAGAACACUUAAUGGGUUCAGCUCUUAUAGAGCAAAUAAAAUGGUGAUCUGUCAUUAAAUAUACUUCCAGCUGCAAAGAUAAAACAUUGAUUAUAAAAUA